GUGCUUGCACCUCCUCCACCACUGCCACCACCAAUACAGGGAUAUGCCUUUAAACCUCCUCCUCGACCAGAUUUUGGCACUUCUGGGAGAACAAUCAAACUGCAGGCCAACUUCUUUGAAAUGGACAUUCCUAAAAUAGAUAUCUACCAUUAUGAGUUGGAUAUAAAGCCAGAAAAAUGCCCUAGAAGAGUUAACAGAGAAAUAGUGGAGCAUAUGGUUCAGCACUUUAAAACCCAGAUUUUUGGGGAUCGCAAACCAGUGUUUGAUGGAAGAAAAAACCUUUAUACAGCUAUGCCGCUUCCCAUUGGGAGAGAUAAAGUGGAGCUGGAGGUCACGCUGCCAGGAGAAGGAAAGGACAGAAUAUUUAAGGUGGCUAUAAAGUGGAUGUCCUGUGUGAGUUUGCAGGCUUUACAUGAUGCUCUUUCUGGUCGGCUGCCAAGUGUCCCGUUUGAAACCAUCCAGGCACUGGAUGUAGUGAUGAGGCACUUGCCUUCUAUGAGAUAUACUCCUGUGGGGCGAUCUUUUUUUACAGCAUCAGAAGGGUGCUCAAAUCCAUUGGGUGGUGGCAGAGAAGUUUGGUUUGGCUUCCAUCAAUCAGUCAGACCUUCAUUAUGGAAAAUGAUGUUAAAUAUUGAUGUAUCUGCAACCGCAUUUUACAAAGCACAGCCAGUUAUCGAGUUUGUAUGUGAAGUUUUGGACUUCAAAAGUAUUGAAGAACAACAAAAACCUCUGACAGAUUCCCAAAGGGUAAAGUUUACCAAAGAAAUAAAAGGUCUAAAGGUGGAGAUAACACACUGUGGACAAAUGAAAAGAAAGUACAGAGUGUGCAAUGUCACCAGACGACCAGCAAGUCACCAAACAUUCCCACUUCAGCAGGAGAAUGGACAAACAGUUGAAUGCACUGUAGCUCAGUAUUUUAAGGACAGGCACAAAUUAGUUUUACGCUAUCCUCACCUUCCAUGUUUACAAGUUGGACAGGAGCAGAAACACACAUACCUUCCUCUUGAGGUGUGCAACAUAGUGGCAGGACAAAGAUGCAUAAAGAAACUUACUGACAAUCAAACUUCCACUAUGAUUCGAGCAACUGCCAGAUCAGCACCUGACCGUCAAGAAGAGAUUAGCAAAUUGAUGCGGAGUGCAAGUUUUAAUACCGACCCUUACGUUCGUGAAUUUGGAAUAAUGGUCAAAGAUGAAAUGACAGAUGUGACCGGUAGAGUCCUACAGCCUCCUUCAAUCCUCUAUGGAGGCAGGAAUAAAGCAAUUGCUACGCCAGUUCAAGGAGUCUGGGACAUGAGGAAUAAACAGUUUCACACUGGAAUUGAAAUAAAGGUUUGGGCAAUUGCAUGUUUUGCUCCCCAGCGCCAAUGCACUGAAGUUCAUCUUAAGUCCUUUACAGAACAACUGAGGAAGAUUUCCAGAGAUGCAGGAAUCCGGGGGCAGCCAUUCUUCUGUAAAUACGCGCAGGGAGCUGACAGCGUGGAGCCCAUGUUCAGACAUCUCAAGAACACUUAUACUGGGCUGCAGCUUGUUGUAGUAAUUUUGCCAGGAAAAACGCCGGUCUAUGCGGAGGUAAAGCGUGUCGGCGACACUGUGUUGGGAAUGGCUACGCAGUGCGUUCAGAUGAAAAAUGUGCAAAGAACAACACCGCAAACUCUGUCUAACCUUUGCUUAAAAAUAAAUGUCAAAUUAGGAGGCGUAAAUAAUAUUUUACUGCCACAGGGAAGACCACCAGUAUUUCAACAGCCUGUCAUAUUCCUUGGGGCAGACGUAACUCACCCGCCAGCUGGAGAUGGAAAAAAGCCUUCCAUUGCUGCAGUUGUAGGAAGCAUGGAUGCUCAUCCUAAUCGAUACUGUGCCACUGUUCGGGUCCAGCAGCACCGCCAAGAAAUCAUUCAAGAUUUGGCUGCCAUGGUCAGGGAGUUGCUUAUUCAGUUCUACAAAUCAACCAGAUUUAAACCAACUCGCAUAAUCUUCUACAGAGAUGGCGUUUCUGAGGGGCAGUUUCAACAGGUUCUCCAUCAUGAAUUGCUGGCUAUCAGAGAAGCAUGCAUUAAACUAGAAAAGGAUUACCAGCCUGGAAUUACAUUUAUAGUUGUGCAGAAAAGGCAUCACACCAGACUCUUCUGUACAGAUCAAAAAGAACGGGUUGGAAAAAGUGGAAACAUUCCAGCGGGUACCACAGUGGACACAAAAAUCACCCAUCCAUCAGAGUUUGACUUUUACCUGUGUAGUCAUGCUGGUAUUCAGGGAACAAGCAGACCUUCUCAUUACCAUGUCCUCUGGGAUGACAAUCGUUUCUCUUCAGAUGAACUGCAGAUUCUUACCUACCAGCUGUGUCAUACGUACGUACGCUGUACUCGUUCUGUUUCCAUCCCUGCACCAGCAUAUUACGCGCACCUGGUUGCCUUCAGAGCCAGGUAUCAUCUGGUGGAUAAAGAACACGAUAGUGCUGAAGGAAGCCACACUUCUGGUCAGAGUAAUGGCAGAGAUCAUCAAGCACUUGCUAAAGCAGUUCAAGUUCAUCAGGACACGUUGCGCACUAUGUACUUUGCUUGACAUGUUUUAAUGUUUAGCGACUCAGUACAAUACAGAGUUGGAUUCACAUGAGACCAGCUGCACUUAGACCAACAGUUGCCCAAGCUACAGUGACAGCCAGCAAUGAGUGAUGCAUCUUAAUUUUUUUUUUCCCAUUUGCAAGAAAGCCUUCCGUCCAGAAUUUCAGACUUGAUUACGAACUGCAUUCUUGUACCAAACCCCACUAUUGUUGGAAAUGUGGUUUGCCAAAAAUCUCUAAGCUGCUUGGUAUAAAACAGACC